UUUAAAGACAACAAAAAAAUCUAAAUCCUUGAUAGACAAGGGUCUUUACUAAAUGAACGUAUGAUUGUUGUUACAAUGUAUCGUCUUUGUAAAGAUAUGUUGUUUACAUUGACAGAGUGAUAGUCAGGCGUCACAGUAUUCGCAUUAUGCAUCCAAUCCCUAGGAUCGACGGGGACAUUUUUGACUGUAUCCAACGAGGGAACAUUGAUCAGUGUGCACAUUUCAUUCAACAUGAUCGAUCUAUCCUCAAAGAGAAAGGCUGGGGUGGUUUCACUCCUCUCCACUUUGCGGCCCUCCAAGGUAACCGUUGGAUAGUUAACCUGUUGCUAAGCAAUGGAGCUGACCCCAACCUGACCUGUGAUGCAGGAAUGACGGCCUUCCAUUUAGCCUGCAGGCAUGGUAAUGUACAUGUGAUGCACCAGAUUAUGCAGCAUGGAGCUGAUCUACGCAUAGUAGACCAUCAGGGAAAAACCGCCCUACACCAUGGAGUGUCUGGAGGCAACAUUGUUGCGAUGCAGUACCUGUGGGAGACGGGAAUGUUCAGGUGGUGCGAUGGAGACAUGUACAAUGUCACACCUCUACACCUGGCUGCUGAUGCUGGCAACACCGAGGUGAUCCGCUACCUGCUCCGAAACAAGAGGUGUAUGGUGGAGACUGUGGAUGAGGAUGGGUUGACAGCGGUCCAUGUGGCAUCAGAGAGAGGCUGUAUAGAGAUGUGUUGGACGCUGCUACAGAGAUCAGGCUUCAGGAUACUACACUUGAAGACCUACAGCGGACACACGCCUCUGGACCUCUGCAGACAGGGAAGGACAUUCAGACAUCUGCAGCUGGCCAAACUACUGACCCGCUACAUGAAGGAGCCACCCUUCAGCAAACCUGACGAGUCCCCAAUCCUGUACUACUGGACAUUAUUCUUCCCGUGUCUGAUCGGAGGAGUGAUUCUGAUUAUCGCAGCGAUGUUGGGCGGCUACGGAGGGAUAACGUGCGCCGUCCUCUUCCCUUGGCUGGCCAGGAGUAUUUUCUCCCAGUUACACCGCAUGACCACCUACCAGAGGUUGGCCAACCCCGUCUACCUAGGGACUAUGAUAGCUGGACUGUUCCACUCUCUAGUCUGUUUCUACUACAAAAUACUGCCGCCUAGCUUGUGGGGGGAUAGUGUUCUGGGUCAUGUGUCGCUGGUCCAGUUCUCUAUGGUUUUGGCCAUGUUCUGGAAAAUUCUAACCCAGGAUCCUGGGGAGCUGGGACCGGGAGAUGCAGAUCCUCGCUUCUCCUCCAUAGCCGACCUGCUGGAGAAAAAACAGAAUCCUCAGAGGUUCUGCAUCUACUGUGAGUUGUUCCAGCCGGACCAUACUAAACACUGCAAAUUGUGUGAUGUGUGUGUGAGGGAUUACGACCACCACUGCCUGUUCCUGAACCGCUGCAUUGGUAGGGGAAACCACCGCCUCUUCAUCAUCUUCAUCCUCUCCAUGGCCGCAGCACACCUCCUUUUUGUGGCUGCGGCAAUUUACCACCUGUAUGUGGUGGUGGUGUCCCUUGAGGACCAGUCGUUGGUUAGGGCAGUAGCUGCACAGUUCUGGGUGGUCACAUUGACAAUAAUGAACGCUCUGACAAUCCUUUGGGAGGCUUGGCUGUUGACAGAACAGUUUGAUGCCAUCGCCAUGGGGACUACAACCUACUUCAAACCUACCUGCGAGACUCGGCAACGGUCACUAGGACACCGCUGGACAACGGUUCUUACCUUCCUAUUGGAGGGAGGAGACGGUUAGAUUAUGGACAGACGGAGGACAAUAUCUCCAUA